ACAAAAUGUCAAAAAUUAGAAGGAAAGUCACAGUGGAAAAUACCAAGACCAUAUCUGAUAGUACAUCGCGAAGACCCAGUGUCUUUGAAAGGCUUGGACCCAGCACUGGCAGUACUGCUGAGACACAGUGUCGCAAUUGGCUGAAGACUGGCAACUGCCUCUAUGGAAACACAUGCAGAUUCGUGCAUGGCCCUUCACCCCGCGGCAAAGGUUAUAGCAGCACUUACAGACGGUCACCAGAAAGGCCUACAGGGGACCUUCGGGAAAGAAUGAAGAACAAACGCCAGGAUGUGGACACUGAAUCCCAGAAGCGAAAUACAGAGGGGUCCUCCUCACCUGUUCGGAAAGAAUCUUCAAGAGGGAGACAUAGGGAAAAGGAAGACAUAAAAAUCACCAAGGAGAGAACUCCAGAGAGUGAAGAAGAGAAUGUAGAAUGGGAAACCAAUAGAGAUGAUUCUGACAAUGGAGAUAUUAAUUAUGAUUACGUUCAUGAAUUGUCAUUGGAAAUGAAACGCCAGAAGAUACAGAGGGAAUUAAUGAAACUUGAACAAGAAAACAUGGAGAAAAGAGAAGAAAUUAUCAUUAAAAAAGAGGUUUCACCAGAAAUGGUUAGAUCAAAAUUAUCUCCAUCACCUUCCCUACGAAAGUCUAGCAAAUCUCCAAAGCGCAAAUCAAGCCCUAAGUCAUCUUCAACUAGCAAGAAAGACAGGAAGACGUCUGCAGUAUCAUCUCCCCUGUUGGACCAGCAGAGGCCUUCAAAAAGCAACCAAAGUAAAAAGAAAGGCCCUCGUACUCCCAGUCCACCCCCUCCAAUACAGGAAGAUAUUGCUCUGGGAAAAAAAUACAAAGAAAAGUAUAAAGUGAAAGAAAGGAUUGAAGAAAAACCAAGAGAUGGAAAGGACAGAGGACGAGAUUUUGAAAGGCAAAGAGAAAAAAGAGACAAACCAAGAUCUACUUCCCCAGCAGGACAGCAUCGUUCCCCUAUAUCUUCUAGACACCAUUCAUCUUCCUCCCAGUCGGGAUCGUCAAUUCAGAGACACUCUCCUUCUCCUCGGCGAAAGAGAACGCCUUCACCAGCUUACCAGAGGACAGUAACUCCACCUUUACGACGCUCCGCUUCUCCUUAUCCUUCACAUUCUUUGUCUUCUCCUCAGAGAAAGCAGAGUCCUCCAAGGCAUCGCUCUCCAAUUCGAGAGAAAGGGAGGCAUGAUCAUGAACGAACUUCUCAGUCUCAUGAUCGGCGUCAUGAAAGGAGGGAAGAGACUAGAGGCAAAAGGGAUAGAGAAAAGGACACGAGAGAAGAACGGGAGUAUGAACAGGAUCAGAGCUCUUCUAGAGACCACAGAGAUGAAAGAGAAGCUCGUGAUGGUCGGGACCGCAGAGAAACCAGAGAUGCUAGAGAACGCAGGGAACUAAGAGACUCCAGAGAGCUGCGAGACUCCAGAGAUCUGAGAGAUUAUAGCCGAGAAAGCAAAGAGAGUCGGGAGCCUAGAGAUUCUCGGUCCACUCGUGAUGCACAUGACUACAGGGACCGGGAGAGUCGGGACACUCAUCGAAAGGAGGAAACAUACCAGGAAGAAUCCCGGAGUUACGGCAGAAACCAUCUGAGAGAAGAAAGUUCUCGAACUGAAAUAAGGAAUGAUUCCAGAAAUGAGUCUCGAAGUGAAAUUAGGAAUGACCGGAUGGGCAGAAGUCGGGGUAGAGCUCCAGAGUUACCCGAAAAGAGCAGUCGAGGCGCAAGAGGUUCUCAAAUGGAUAAUCACAGUAGUAGUGGCACCUAUCAUGACAACUGGGAAACCCGCAGUAGCUAUCCUGAAAGAGACAGGUACCCUGACAGAGACAACAGAGAUCAAGCCCGAGAUUCUUCUUUCGAGCGAAGACACGGAGAGAGAGACCGUCGUGACAAUAGGGAAAGAGAUCAAAGACCGAGCUCACCAAUUCGACAUCAGGGAAGGAAUGACGAGCUUGAGCGUGAUGAAAGAAGAGAGGAACGAAGAGUAGACCGAGUAGAUGAUAGAAGGGAUGAGAGGACUAGAGAGAGAGAUCGGGAACGAGAACGAGACAGAGAGCGGGAGAGAGAGAGGGAACGGGAACGGGAGAGAGAACGAGAGAAAGAAAGGGAAUUAGAAAGAGAGCGUGCUAGGGAAAGGGAGAGAGAGAGAGAGAAAGAGAGAGACCGUGAAAGAGAGAGAGAUCGUGACCAUGAGCGGGAGAGGGAGCGAGAGAGGGAGCGAGAGAGGGAGAAAGAACGGGAACGGGAGAGAGAGGAAAGAGAAAGGGAGAGAGAGAGAGAACGGGAGAGGGAAAGAGAGCGGGAACGGGAGCGAGAAAGAGCAAGAGAAAGGGAUAAAGAGCGAGACCGUCAAAGGGAAUGGGAAGACAAAGACAAAGGACGAGAUGACCGCAGAGAGAAGCGGGAAGAUAUCCGAGAAGAAAGGAAUCCAAGAGAUGGGCAUGACGAGAGAAAGUCAAAGAAGCGCUACAGAACUGAAGGGAGCCCUAGCCCUCGUCAGUCACCUAAGCGCCGCCGUGAACAUUCUCCUGACAGCGAUGCCUAUAACAGUGGAGAUGAUAAGAAUGAAAGACAUAGGCUAUUGAGCCAAGUUGUACGACCUCAAGAUUCUCGUUCUCUCAGUCCCUCGCACGUUCCAGAAGACAGACAGAGUAGAUGGAAAGAGGAAGAUCGUAAACCAGAAAGAAAAGAGAGCUCACGGCGCUAUGAAGAGCAAGAACUCAAAGAGAAAAUUUCUUCUAUAGAUAAGCAGAGAGAACUGACAGAAAUCAUGGAAAGUUCAAGAACCCGUGCACAAGAUAUUCAGGGACACCACCAAUCUGACGAUAGAGAUUUAUCUGAUCGGACUCAUGAAGAAAACAAGAAAAAAGCAAAAAUUCAGAAGAAGCCCAUGAAGAAAAAGAAAGAGGAUGAUGUUGGACUAGAGAGGGGUCAUACAGAGAUGCCAUCUGAAGAUGGGCAAGUAUUUUCACUUAAAAAAGGGCAGAAGAAGAAAAGUGUUGAUAAAAAGCAUAAAAGAUCCAAAGAUGAUUCUGAUAUUUCUGAUGAAGAGGUUGUUCAGCAAAGUAAAAAGAAAAGAGGCCCACGGACUCCCCCUAUAACAGCUAAAGAGGACUUGGUUGAACUUUCCAGUGGUAAGGAUAGCAUGGCAGAAGAUGCUCAGAAAAAAGAAGACACGGCAUUCAGUGACUGGUCCGAUGAGGAGGUGCCUGACCGCGCGGAGCUGCCGGAGCCCGAGCACACCGUGGGAACUGCCCCUCCUGCUCUGUCUUCCCUCCUUCCUCCUCCUCCUCCUCUGGCUACUGCCACUUCUAACAGUACUCCUGCUUCCACCAUCUUCGCCUCGUCCACCACCACCAUCUCCACCUCAUUCACGUCUGCUUCUUUUACCAGCGAAGAGUCGUACAGAAAGUGCCACAGAGCACGAGGGGAGAAGGUAGAGGCGCCUCACAUUACAAUGGAAGACACACCACACCGCAAGCUAGUGGAUCAGAAGAGGAGCAGCAGCCUUGGGAGUAAUCGGAGUAAUCGGAGCCACACAUCGGGCCGUCUCCGCUCCCCGUCCAAUGACUCUGCCUAUCGAAGUGGAGAUGACCAAAGUGGUCGAAAGAGAGUGCUGCACAGUAGUUCAAGAGACAGGGAAAAAACCAAGAGCAUGGAAAUCACAGGCGAGAGGAAAUCUAGGAUUGAUCAGUUAAAGCGUGGCGAACCCAGUCGAAGCACUUCUUCAGAUCGCCAGGAUUCAAGGAGCCAUAGUUCACGGAGAAGUUCUCCUGAGUCCGAUCGGCAGGUUCAUUCAAGAUCUGGGUCAUUUGAUAGUAGAGAUAGGCUUCAAGAACGUGAUCGAUAUGAACAUGAUAGAGGAGACCGGGAGAGAGAGAGGAGAGAUACAAGGCAGAGAGAAUGGGACCGAGAUACUGAUAAAGAUUGGGCACGGAAUAGGGACCGAGAUAGAUUGCGAGAACGAGAGAGAGAGCGUGACAAAAGGAGAGAGGUGGACAGAGAAAGAGAGAGAUUAAUCCCAGAUUCUGUUGAAAGAGACAGAGACAGAACUUUUGAGAAUUCUUCCCAAAUAGAAUCUGUAAAGCGCAGUGAAACAAAACUGGAGAGUGACCAUGAAAGAGACCUAGAAGGCAUGUCCCGAGACUCUACAGCUUUUGAUAAAGAAAGAACUGAUAAAGAUCUGGCAUCUGUGCAAGGAUUUGAAGAUGUAAAUAAAGCUGAGAGAACUGAGAGUGUGGAAGCAGGAGAUGACGAGUCCAAGUUAGAUGAUGCACAUUCUUUAGGCUCUGGUGCUGGAGAAGGAUACGAGCCAAUCAGUGAUGACGAACUCGAUGAAAUUCUGGCAGGUGAUGCUGAAAAGAGGGAGGAUCAGCAGGAAGAUGAGAAGAUGCCAGAUCCAUUAGACGUGAUAGAUGUGGAUUGGUCUGGCCUUAUGCCAAAGCAUCCAAAAGAGCCGCGAGAGCCUGGGGCUGCACUGUUAAAAUUCACACCUGGAGCUGUUAUGCUGAGAGUUGGCAUUUCUAAAAAGUUAGCAGGUUCUGAACUUUUCACCAAAGUCAAAGAAACAUGUCAGAGACUUAUAGAAAAGCCCAAAGAUUCAGACAGCCUCUUUGAACAUGAAUUGGGAGCCCUCAACAUGGCGGCCCUGCUACGAAGAGAAGAGCGAGCCAGUCUUCUUAGUAACCUGGGGCCAUGUUGUAAAGCACUGUGCUUCAGACGGGAUUCUGCAAUUCGUAAGCAACUUGUUAAAAAUGAAAAGGGUACUGUGAAACAAGCUUACACAAAUGCCCCAAUGGUUGACAACGAGUUACUACGAUUGAGUCUGAGGCUAUUUAAACGGAAGACUACUUGCCACGCCCCAGGACAUGAAAAGACUGAAGAUAAUAAACUUUCACAGUCCAGUAUCCAGCAGGAAGUGUGUGUGUCUUAA